UCCACAACAACAACAACAACAACAGGAGGAGAAAUAUUUCAAUUUCCAAUCCUACAACAACAACCACCAUCACCAAUAUCAAGUCGUAUUGCAGCAGCCGCUGCAGCAGCAUCAACAAAUGGACAAACAUCAUCAUCAUCAUCAUCAUCGUCCACUACAGCUACAACUGAAGAUGAAGAUUUUUAUCGUCAUUUAAUAACAAUAAUCGCAUAUUCCUUGAUUAUUUUAAUAUCAUUAUGUGGCAAUUCAUUAGUAUUGAAAAUGAUAUUAACCAAAAAGAAACUACAAACCACGACAAAUAUACUGAUUGCUUGGCUAGCCGUCGCAGAUUUAUUGACAACAACAUUGAAUAUACCAUUCAAUGUUACACGUUUUAUAUACAUGAACUAUCCAUUUCCAUCAUUAUUUUGUAAAUUAGUACCAUUUAUACAAGUUAUGUGUGUGUAUGUAUCAACAUUUACGAUGGGUGUCAUAGCUGUUCAUCGUUAUAUGACUGUAACAAGUGCAAUAUCAAAAUCAUCCUCAUCAUCAACAUCGACAUCGACUCAUUUUCGUUCAUCAAUGGGUAAUACCGGUGGUGGUAUUGGUAACCAUUCAUCCAAUACAAUAUUCUAUCAUCCAUUAAUAUUACAUGGUUCAUUUUGUCUUUGCAUUAUAAUGACAAUUGUUUGGUUAUUAGCUGGUUUGCUGGCCACACCACAUUCAAUGUUUAAUCAAAUUGUUUAUGUGCCUUAUCAGAAUCGUACAUACAUUAGAUGUCGUGCUGAAUAUCCACAAGUUGAUUUCAAUCUACGUUUAACACUUUCAGUUGAAGCAUUUUUAACACAAUAUUUAAUACCAUUGGGACUCAUCUGUGUUUUAUAUAUAAAAAUUGGACUAGUCGUUGCAAAACAAGGUCGUAUUGCCCAAAAAGCUAAUAGCCAACGUCGUAUGGAACAGGAUUCAGCUCGUCGUAGACGUUUGGCUAUGGUGAGCCUCAUAUUGAUCGUUGCAAUGUUUGGCAUAUGUUGGAUGCCAUUAAAUCUAUACCAUCUGUUGGUCGAUUUUCAUCUUAUCAUUGCUAAUUUUAAUAUUUUUCUCAUCUGCCAUUGGAUUGCCAUGUCAUCAGUUUGUUGGAAUCCAUUCAUCUAUUGUUGGCUAAAUGAAAGUUUUCGUAAAGGUGCAACCAAAAUGAUUAUAUUCAUUUGUUGUUGUUGUUGUCCAAGAAUACGACGUCAAUUUCUAAUGAAAAGACGUACAAGUGAAUUUAUACCCAUUGGUGGCAGUGGUGUUGGCGUCAGAAGCGUUGGCGCUGGUGCUGGUGGUGGUACAAUCAGUGGUGGAUGCGUUGUAACCAUCGGUAUUGCAUCAACAACAUCAUCAUCAACACCGAUUAAUACAUUAACAACAGCAAUGGCAACAACAACAACGACAACGACGAAAAAUCAACAACAAAAGAAUAAACAAAAUCAAAAUCAGAAAAAUGAUCAAACAACAACAACUAUGAUUGAUCAAGAUAAUAGCGGAAAUGUCAAUAAUUCCAGUUAUGAUAAUGAUAAUCAUCCGGAUAUAUCCGGCUGUCGAUCAUCAUCAUCAUGUAUAAACAAUAACAAUGAUCAUAAUAAUAAUCGAAUGAAAAAAACACAUCGUAGAAAAUUUCAUAAAUUACGUUCAAUAUCUUUACGUAAUAAGAAUAUAACAAAAUCAAUAGCAACAACAACUACAACAACAGCUGCAAUAAUGUCCGAUAAUAUUAUUACUAGCUGUAAACAUGAUGAUAAUGAUAAGAAAGAAAAUGAUGUUAAAAAUCAAUGCAUAAAACAAUCACAUUUUCAAUUUAAAUUCACAAACGCUUAA